CGAGUGAGAGAAAGAGGAGGAGAGAGAAGAGUCUCGCAUCAAAAACAAACAAACAAACAAAAGAGAAACACACGACGGCAGGAUGCCAAAGCCGUGCGAGGAGAUGCUCGUGGAUCUGUGGAUGUCCCUGCUGCUGCUGCUGUGGAUUACUUGCGUUCCGUGCGUGUCCACGACUCCCGUCCUGGGCCCGUCCGAAAGAACACAAACUGGUGGGUCCGCGGCGGCGGCGGUGGCGAGCGGUCUUGGCGAAGGACAAAGAUUACUGAGCCGCGCCAAGAGAGGAUGGGUUUGGAAUCAAAUGUUUGUGCUGGAGGAAUUUUCUGGACCAGAUCCAAUCCUAGUUGGCAGGCUACACACAGACUUGGAUGUGGGCGGCAGGAACAUAAAGUACGUCCUCGCGGGCGAAGGUGCGGGCACCAUCUUCGCCAUCAACGAGCUAACGGGCGACAUCCACGCCAUGAAGCGGCUGGACCGGGAGGAGAAGGCCGAGUACACGCUCACGGCCCAGGUCGUUAACGCCGACACGGACGAGCCUCUGGAGCCGCCGUCGGAGUUCAUCAUCAAAGUCCAGGACAUAAAUGACAAUCCGCCACAGUUCAUCGAGGGCCCGUACCGCGCCUCCGUUCCAGAAAUGUCUGCCGUUGGUACUCCAGUUACCAGGGUAACAGCUACAGAUGCAGAUGAUCCGGUGUACGGGAACAGUGCCAAGCUCAUCUACAGCAUACUGGAGGGGCAGCCGUACUUCUCCGUCGAUCCAAACUCUGCCACCAUCAAGAUCGCCCUCCACGGGAUGGACCGGGAGAUGAGGGAGGAGUACCUGGUGGUCAUUCAGGCUAAAGACAUGGGAGGCCACUCGGGUGGCUUGUCAGGGACCACCACUGUCACCGUCACGCUGACCGACAUCAACGACAAUCCGCCAAAGUUCUCCAAGAGUUUGUAUGAGUUCACAAUCCCUGAAGACCUGCCAAUUGGGAAAAUGGGCGGCAAGGUGAAGGCCAACGAUCGAGACAUUGGCGACAACGCCAAGUCCACAUACAACAUCAUCGAGGGAGACGACCAGGGCAUGUUUGAGAUUAUCACCGACUCGCAGACGCAAGAAGGAAUUCUCCGUCUGAAAAAGCCUCUGGACUAUGAGACCAGGAGAGCAUACACUCUGAAAGUGGAAGCCACCAACGUGCGCUCGGAGCCCGGCAGCGGAGGGCCUUUCAGAGACACGGCCACGGUGAAGAUCGUGGUGGACGACUCCGACGAGCCUCCCAUCUUCUCCAAACCGGUGUACUCUCUGGAGGUCAACGAGAACGCCCCCAUCAACACGGUCAUCGGGAUGGUCGCUGCCCGGGACCCCGAUUCCACCGGGAGUCAAGUCAGGUAUUUCAUCGAUCGGCACACGGACAUGGAGAGGCAGUUCAACAUCAACGCAGACGACGGGAAGAUCACGCUGGCCAAGCCGCUGGACAGGGAGACGGACAUGUGGCACAACAUCACGGUGACCGCCAUGGAAGUCAGGAAUCACAGUCAGAUAUCGAGGGCGAUCGUGGCCAUCAGGGUAAUGGACAUUAACGACAACGCCCCUGAAUUUGCCAACGAAUACGAGGCCUUUCUGUGUGAAAAUGGAAAACCCGGACAGGUGAUCCAGACGGUCAGCGCGGUGGACAAAGACGACCCCGUCCAGGGCCACAGCUUCAACUACCGCCUCGUCCCCGAGAUGCUCAACAACCCCAACUUCACCAUCAAAAAAAACCCAGACAAUUCAAUCAGUGUUGUAGCCAAGCACGAUGCCUUCCGACGGCAGAAACAGGAGAUGUACUUCCUGCCAAUCAUCGUGACCGACAACGGGAACCCGCCGAUGAGCAGCACCAACACCCUGACGAUCCGAGUGUGCGGCUGCAGCAGCGACGGCACCGUCCUGUCCUGCAACGUGGAGGCCUACGUGCUCCCCAUCGGGCUGAGCAUGGGCGCGCUCAUCGCCAUCCUGGCCUGCAUUAUACUCCUGUUAGUAAUAGUAGUACUAUUUGUGACCCUGAGGAGACACAAAAACGAGCCUCUGAUUAUAAAGGACGAUGAAGACGUGAGGGAGAACAUCAUCCGCUACGAUGACGAGGGAGGCGGCGAGGAGGACACGGAGGCCUUCGACAUCGCCACGCUGCAGAACCCGGACGGCAUCAACGGCUACCUCCCGCGCAAGGACAUCAAACCAGACCUGCAGUUCAUGCCGCGGGCGGGCCAGCACUCGGGUCCCAACGGCGUGGACGUGGACGAAUUCAUCAACGUCCGGCUUCACGAGGCAGACAAUGAUCCCACGGCGCCGCCUUACGACUCCAUCCAGAUCUAUGGAUACGAGGGCCGGGGGUCCAUCGCCGGCUCCCUCAGCUCGCUGGAGACGGCGUCGUCAGACUCGGACCAGAACUAUGACUAUCUCAGAGAGUGGGGUCCGCGCUUCAGAAGACUCGGGGAGCUCUACUCUGUGGGCGAGAGCGACCGCGAAACCUGACCUUUGGUUUGCUGAGAGGAAAAAAAAAAAGACCUUGGAGAUUUUUUUUCUGUCACCUACUUGUGUAAUAAACGCUAGGGGGUUUGCUGGCUUUUAGAAACAAGUGUUUAAAAAUAAUUAAAAAAAAAAAAAACAGUUCAUAACAAGGGAGGCCACCUUUUUGUAUUCUUUUUAGAGUGAGGUAUAGCAGUCGUCAUCCACUAUGUCAAGCGCAUUGUACUUGUUGAGCCAAACAACGUUUUUAUUAGGAGAUCUAUGAUUCUUGUGGAGUGUACCUUAGAUUCCGUUGUGGAGUGUCUAGCAGUAUUUUGGGUGUUAGUCAUUUGCAGUGACUGCCAGUAGCAGAAAAAGCCCUGCUGAUGCUGGUGUUUGCCAGACGAGCGGGCAUCCGGGUGCUCUGAAGCUUGACGGGACAUCAUGCUCCAUGGACAUCAGGCUGGACCUCAGAAGCUGCAGAGGGACCCGGCUUUUCACUUCCUCCCCAGGCCGUCCAGCUGAUCGCUGAAGGGAAGCAAAAUGGCCACGAUAAAGCAAUAUAUGGUCUACAUUACAACGAUGAAUGUAUGUAUGAUUU